CAACUCCCAAAAUAGCAGUGCGAAUUCGGGAAGCCUCAGAAAAAAUGGCUGAAGUAGUUUCACCAAUAACUCGACAAGUUACUAAAGAAAAUCGGGGAAAUCGGAUUUCUUCCGUCGAUAUUCGUCUUGAAGAUGUCGAAGACUGUUUAAUUUACGACCGGCAUGGACUGUCUAUUCCUUUCAAGAAGUUAUAUCAAGACAGGAAGUCGGUCAUAAUUUUCGUGCGGAAUUUCUUGUGCUACAGCUGCAAAGAAUAUGUGGAUGAUUUGACCAAAGUACCCAGAGAAGCACUGGAGGAUGCUGACAUUAGACUGAUUGUGAUUGGUCAGUCUGCUCAUCAUCAUAUAGAGCCAUUCUGCUCCCUGACGGGCUAUCACUAUGAGAUAUACGUGGACCCAGAGAGGUGCAUUUAUCAAAAGCUUGGGAUGAAGAGAGAGGAGAAAUUUACAGACUCUGCAAACCCUAGUCCCCAUGUGAAGUCUGGUGUUUUUAUGGGCCAAAUGAAGAGUAUAUGGCGAGCAAUGACUAGCCCUGCAUUCGACUUUCAGGGUGAUCUACAUCAGCAAGGUGGAGCCAUCAUUGCAGGGCCAGGCUCUCAAGUUCAUUUCUCCCAUUUUGACAUGAACCGCCUGGACCACAUGCCCAUUGCCUGGCUCCUGCAGCUGGCUGGAGUUCAACAGACUCUGAACUUCAGCGAUAAGCCAAAGAUCAUACAUGUAUAGCCAUCUGAUUGCCUGAAAGUGCUUUGCCCCACAUCACUGUUGUUAUUACACAUGCAGAGGUGUACAAAUGUUGCAUGUUUAGUUCCAUUAUACACUGUGCACUGACAAAUUGCAACAAGAAGAGGGGAGGCAUCAUUAUCAGUAACAAAUAUUUGUGUCCCGGUAUCUCUGAGUACAUUGUUUAUCAUUUCUGUGCUGGCACACAACUUGACUGCCUUGCUAAAAUCUUGCAUAGGUCUGAAUGUUUUAUUUAUUUAAUUUAAGCUUUUUUUAACCAGGAAGUCUCUUGAGAUACAUUUUCUUUUCUUUUUUUUUUACAAGAGAGAGCUGUCCAAAAUGAUAGGUGUCACAUAACUAUGUGAAAACACACAUCAUUACAACAGUCACAUUAUAACUCAAUAAAAUGAGACCUGAGAGUGAAAAAACCUCAUGUCUUUGUUUAGUGUGAAACUUCAUUCUUGAUCUUGAUAACAACUGUUAAAAAAAAUCUUAACUCCAAGUCUCCUUACUAACUUUUUGAAGCUCAAAGCUAUGGAAAAAGCUAUUAAGUGGGCUCAGCAAACUCAUACUGCUAAUGAAGACUGUAAGAUGUGAUUAAAAGCUAAGUGGUCAUUGAGGCAAGAUUUUUCUUUGCCGAAAAACAAGAUGGGUAUGCAUGCACUGCUGUUUUUUGUCAUGUUUUGUUUACUACCUUUUCUAUCCUCAUGUUACAAUGUCUUAUUUUAUCUAAUUCUGUUGGUAUACUUGCAGUAAGAUGGUAGUGUUUUAAUCGUGAUGAACACUGGUGCACUGUUAGUAGUCUGGCCUUAUCACACUCCUCUUUUUAUAAACCCCUUCCUA